GCGUAGCGGCAGCGGGGUGACAGCUGAGCGGGAGGUGGAGGAGCAGCAUCGCGGUCCGGAGCUUCGACAAUACUCUCUAGUAUCCAGGGUUUAAAGAGCCACACCGACCCGUUCCACCCUGAGACGCCGUCCUCCAAGCACCGGGGCCCGGGUGAGACUCCACCAGCGGAGGGUGACGCGGAUAUAAACAUAUCUCGGCACCGGUUUUUCCACCGACAAAACAGGGACCGUGUCCGGAUGUGCCAGCCUCGCAUGGCGCAGACACCUUGUUCCUGAAGCGGGGUAUCCUUCGUGUUCGCAGGGGUCGGAGGAGGCCCUCUGGUCGGCAGCUUAUCACCACCAUCGACUCUCGUAGACGUCCGUGUUUACCGAUUUGUGGGAGUGAAAAACGACAUGAUUGAGCAAUAAGACGAAGAAGAGGAAGAAGAAGAAGACGCACGUCCUGACUGAUCCAGAGAGAGAAGAAGAAGAAGAAGUCGUCUCUGUGUUUCUGUUUCCUUUCCUUUCAAAUCACCGUCGUGUGGUUCCAGAAGCUGUUUCCAGGGAGGACGAGGACACAGGGAUAUAACCGUGCCCUUGUGCAUGCGUGUGUGUGCGUGUGAGUGCGUGUGAACCCCCUCCGAGGACCGGGUCGACCUUCGAGAUGACGGGCAGCACCCCAGCGGACAUGAUAAACCUGCGGCUUAUUUUAGUCAGCGGCAAGACAAAAGAAUUCCUCUUCUCUCCAAAUGAGUCGGCUGCAGACAUCGCCAAACACGUCUACGACAACUGGCCAAUGGACUGGGAGGAAGAGCAGGUCAGCAGUCCUAACAUACUGAGGCUCAUCUACCAGGGACGUUUUCUACACGGCAACGUAACACUAGGAGCCCUCAAACUGCCCUUGGGGAAGACCACAGUGAUGCAUUUAGUUGCCAGAGAGACUUUGCCUGAGCCAAAUUCCCAAGGUCAGAGGAACAGAGAGAAGACCGGGGAGAGUAACUGCUGUGUCAUCCUGUAAAUACACACCUCCGCUGCCAGCCCUCUUAACCCCUCUCAUCACCUCUCGCCCUCGACGUUCUGGACCCAAUGAGCUCGUCCCUGUCCUGUCCUGGAGUCUGUCCACCCUGCGGACAUGCACACAGACAAACACACACGCUCUCCUCCCCCUUUUCAUCUUCCUCUUCUUCUCCUCUUCCUCUUCUUCCUCCCUCUUUCAUACACUCAAACUUACCAUGGAAAGACAGCAGGUGCAGUCCGGCUGAUCCAGAGUCAGGAGCAGAUAAACGAUAGAGUUGAUUCCUUCGUUUGUAACUUGAUUUGUUGUCAUAACGGAAAAUUAGAGGAAGGAAUUCGAUCUGCAUGUUUUGUUUUUUUCUUUCUCUCUUAAUGCACACCUUUUAAAGCCUUCUGCCACACAGACACACACACACACACACUCAGACAUCGACACAUUGUCAAGCCAUCCUCAGCAGCUCUGUUCAAAGUCAGUCUCUAUGCGGCUCCUCAUUCUAGCUGGUUGUAACAGUGAUGCAGUGCCACAGUUUGUGUGCGUGGCCUUGUUUCCUCAUACAGACUGCAGAGAUUUUUAACCACUAACAACACACACGCACACACAACAACGUCUACACACACAGUAUGUGCUUGUGUGAUCUCCCUCAGUGCAGCAGAUGAAGCUUAGACGUGCCUGAUCAGAGAACUCAAACCAGGACACAGACACACACAAACACACACACACACACACACCUUGUGUCCUUUAUACUGCCCUCCUCUGCAUGUGCCCUUAAAGGUCACAAACGAGAACGUCCUUUUUGUCUGCAGAGCGCUGUGGAGAGAGAGAAAACUCGUCUCUCUCGCCCAGCCGGUCGCAUUUCUAGCCAAACUCGGCCUAAACCAACUGACAAACAGCCAAACAGCCAGUGUUGGGCCUCUUGUUUUGGCUUCAUCGUUUCGUCCGUGUGUGUUUUGACAGUCCGUGCAUAGAACUGACCGACCAGUGUUGUGAUGAAUUAAGCCUCACGUCAGUUAACCCCCCCUGCCCCCCCUUUCUAAAAGGAAAGGCUGGUCGCGCUCCCGUUUUUUAACAGUGUUGUGAAGGAUCUCUGACAGCUGCUGUCCGAGCAGGGAAAUGAGCUCUGAAUGAAAUUUGCUCCUUAUUCGUCUUAAUUUGCUUCGCCCCCCCCCCCCCCUCUCGCUCUCUCUCUCUCUCUCUCUCUCUCUCUCUCUCUCUCUCUCUCUCUCUCUCUCUCUUUCUCUCUCUCUCUCUCGCUCUCUCUCUCUCUCUCUCUCUCUCUACCCCCCCCAAAUCCUCUCUCUGCAUUAAAAAAUCCAUUUUGCACAACUGAAGCAUGUGCUCCCUCAUCAGAUUAAUAACAAACUGUACAAAAAGUUCUACGGUUUUAUUUUAUAUUUUUCCAAUGGAAGUAACGUUCCGGACAAAGGUAACGUGUAGAAUAUAUUUAAUAUGAAUCUUCUAUAGAACACGAUGACUCUAGAUCUUGUUGAUAUACAGUAUCAUUGGUGUUUAGUCUAUGAUUGUGUAUGCGGUUCGCUUCUAGCCAGUUCACAGUCACUCGCUGACAACGUCUUGUGCUCAACGGCAGAAAAAAACCUCCCUAAUCAUCGACCCACUGUAUUCUUACUUUUCUUUCUUCUGUUUCUACUUUGUUUCUUUUUCUUUUUUCAUUUUGUUUAUAAUUUAAUGUAAUCCUUUUUUCUCUGUGUGUGUUUGUGUGUGUUGUUUUUUUUCUUUGCUUUGAAAGAAUCGCUUUGUAACAGCACUAGGUCUUAAAAAAAAAAUAUAUAUUGUUUAUAUUGAUCAGGGUUCAAAUCUGUACAGAGAUAAAUGUUUUCAAACCAAUUGUAAAUAGCACUAAUGCUCCCUGUCCCUCCUCCGAACUUCAAAAUGGAAUAAACAUCUGUAAACUAAAUAAAGAUUAUUGAAGUGUG